AUGAGCCAGGCGGGAAAGGGAAAUCCAGGAGUCGGGCGGGAAGGGAAAUCCAGGAGCCAGGCGGGAAGGGAAAUCCAGGAGCCGGGCGGCAAGGGAUAUCCAGGAGCCGAACGGAAAAGGGAAAUCCAGGAGCCGAACGAAAAAGGGAAAUCCAGGAGCCAGGCGGGAAAGGGAAAUCCAGGAGCCGGGCGGGAAGGAAAUCCAGGAGCCAGGCGGGAAAGGGAAAUCCAGGAGCCGGGCGGGAAGGAAAUCCAGGAGCCGGGCGGGAAAGGGAAAUCCAGGAGCCGGGCGGGAAGGAAAUCCAGGAGCCAGGCGGGAAAGGGAAAUCCAGGAGCCGGGCGGGAAGGAAAUCCAGGAGCCGGGCGGGAAAGGGAAAUCCAGGAGCCGGGCGGGAAGGAAAUCCAGGAGCCAGGCGGGAAAGGGAAAUCCAGGAGCCGGGCGGGAAGGAAAUCCAGGAGCCGGGCGGGAAAGGGAAAUCCAGGAGCCGGGCGGGAAGGAAAUCCAGGAGCCGGGCGGGAAAGGGAAAUCCAGGAGCCGGGCGGGAAGGAAAUCCAGGAGCCAGGCGGGAAAGGGAAAUCCAGGAGCCGGGCGGGAAGGAAAUCCAGGAGCCAGGCGGGAAAGGGAAAUCCAGGAGCCGGGCGGGAAGGAAAUCCAGGAGCCAGGCGGGAAGGGAAAUCCAGGAGCCGGGCGGGAAGGGAAAUCCAGGAGCCAGGCGGGAAGGGAAAUCCAGGAGCCGGGCGGGAAGGGAAAUCCAGGAGCCAGGCGGGAAGGGAAAUCCAGGAGCCAGGCGGGAAGGGAAAUCCAGGAGCCAGGCGGGAAAGGGAAAUCCAGGAGCCGGGCGGGAAGGAAAUCCAGGAGCCGGGCGGGAAAGGGAUAACAGAGGUGCGGUCGUUUGAAGCUGAGCUCGUCAGCAAGUCAGCGGAGACUACAGAGGCCUGUGUCUGUCUGUUCCGGGAACUCGCGGCCGCUGGCCUCUGA